UUCCGAGAAGUGAACAAGCCAAUUGGUGGGAGACUGCUACAAGUCUCGUCAAGGUUGGGAUUUGUAGGCGGCGCUGCGGCCGCCUUCUACAAGUGGAGAUGCUCACCGCAUUAUCUAGCACUGGAAGGCCUGAGCGAGUCUUUGGCAAAAGAACUUGAUCCAGUGUGGGAUAUAAAGGUCACAAUAAUUGAGCCAGGUCCAUUCCAUACCAAGAUAUUCAAAGACAACCUACGCCUAACUACCCAGCACCCUGCGUAUGCCAAUCCUAGCUUGCCCGGUUCCCAGUAUCGACAAUUCGUCGUGUUGGGCAAUAUUGAUGGAGAUGCAGACAAGGCAGUGGCAGCCAUCGAGAAGUUGACCCACCUCAAUGAUGUUCCUAUGUGUCUGCCACUGCACAGAAGGGUCAUUGUUGGAGCAAGGGAAAAAAUCAAGAGCCUGACUGAGGAAGUGAAUAAGUGUGAAAGUUGGUCUGAAGAUCUUUACCAUUAA